UGUUUUCAGGAAAUUUGAUCAUCACUGUCCGUGGGUAAAUACGUGUGUCAAUUAUUCCAACUACAAAUUUUUUCUUCAGUUCCUCUUCUAUGGGCUCAUUUUGUGCCUUUGGGGUCUUUUGACCGAUUUGCAGUAUUUUAUUGCCUUUUGGAAAAACACGUUACGGCCAAAUGCUGGUUUUGGUCGUUUCCACAUUCUGUUUCUCUUUUUUGUUGCCGGUAUGUUCGCUGCUUCGAUUACUUGUCUUUUCUCCUAUCAUUUGUAUCUCACCGCUCGAAAUCAGUCAACAAUUGAAUCAUUUCGGCCUCCAAUUUUCGUCCAUGGUAUCGAUAAAAAUGGCUUCAAUCUUGGCAUCCGCCGCAAUUUCGGACAAGUUUUCGGUGGAACAUGUCUCCUGUGGUUUCUGCCAGUUUUCUCAUCGUAAGU